AUGGUGGGCUUAUACCAGCAGUCUACAUCCGGUGAGCCCGACUACAGCAACUCAAACUCAGCCUAUGCCGAGGGACCGGACGGACCCGACUUCCAGACUCUGUUGCUGCUGUUACAGAGGUUAGAUCUGGUGCUGCCAUCGGCAAAACAGCCUGCUGUGACCGAUGACUUAGAGCUGCUGCGGCUGACGACCGCAGGUCUGUUCCUGGAGCCACUGCCCCCUCUACCCCUGGCGAAGCAGUCCACAGCUGCAGGGAGCGAGGAGGACGUGUGUUGGAUCAGGCUUGUUUCUGGAAAAACACCUGAAUUCUUGGGAGGAACAUUUGCCUUUGAUUCUAAAUUUGUUAUCAAGACUCCUCACAUUACAGCAAAACAAGAGCCUGGAUCAUUUAUUCUGCAUAUUCAUGAGACAAAGCUGAGUGAUACUGGACUUUACUACUGUUUAAAAGUAAAUUUACUGGACAUGACAUUUUCCAAAUCAACACUUCUGAGAGUUAAAGGACCUGAACCUGAUAUCACUGUUGUCACUCAAGACUUUCCAUCUGAUCCAGUCCGUCCAGGAGACUCAGUGACUCUGCAGUGUUCAGUCCUCUCUGACUCUGAGAAGAAAACAUGUCCAGAAGAACACAGAGUUUAUUGGUUCAGAGCCGCAUCAGAUGAAUCUCAUCCAAGUUUGAUUUACAGUCAUGGAAACAGUGAUGGAUGUGAGAAGAGUCCUGGAGCUCACUCUCCACAGAAAUGUAUCUACAGCUUCUCUAAGGACGUCAGCUCCUCUGAUGCCGGGACUUAUUACUGUGCUGUGGCCACAUGUGGAGAG